AUGUGCGACUGUUUCAACCUGGGCUUCCCCAACUGGCAUGGCUCGCUGGGCACAGGGUCCGGACGAAGGCUGAAGGGACCAGAGCCUGACACGGUGGAUGAUUCAAUAUGUGAAGAGUCAUCUGAGUUUAUAGAGGGGGAGAGACCUCGCCCUCAAGGAUCCUCCCCUGUAGAUGAAUACCCUGAGACUGACAAAUACAAGGACAGUGAUAAACAGGGUGGAGGUGGGAGUGGCAAAAAAGGAAAGAGAGGUUUUGGGUCCCUGUUUGAAAAGCGCUCCCCUGCCAAGAUGAGUCAACUGGAGAACCCGGAGUCAGGAGUGAUUGUGAAAAUGGCAAAAGAGACAUGUGCCGAGGGCCUCGUUGUAAGUGGAGGGAAGGAGGGAAUCUUCAUCAAAGAAGUGAGGCCAGAGUCACCAGCCUCAAAGCUUCUUAGUGUACAUGAGGGUGAUCAGAUACUCAGUGCCACUGUGUAUUUUGACGAUGUUACAUAUGAAGAUGCUCUACAGAUAUUGGAACAUGCCCAGCCUUACAAGAUGGAGUUACUUCUGAAACGCAAACCAAUAAAGACAUCCACACUUGAGAGUGAACCAGCCCUUGAAAUCAUCCAAGUAACUAUCACUAUCUAUUCACUUUUUGUUAUCCUACAGGUGGAAGAAGGUUCCUCUCCGGAAAUGAGGGGACAUACAAAGACAAAAAGGCAUGGUGACCGAAUCUCUUGGCCCAAGUUCCCCUCCUUCAGCAAAAGUCAAAAGUCCCAUUUUAAGAGGUCUCACAGUACUUCAGAGGCAGAUGAUAAGAGGAAGCUGGAGCUUAGCCCUACAACAAGUGACACAGAGUCGCCAAUAAAAUCUCAGGAGGCUGUCAAGGGCAAGACAAAGAAGCAUAAGAUAAAGUUAUCAAGCAUGAAGAUGAAGGGCCGCAAGAGCAUGUCUGUUGAACAGCCGGACCAGGACAUAGACAUACUAACUGUAGAACGUGUAGAGUGUAUGGAAAACCAACAGAGUCAAGAUGACAUACACUCACCGGAUGGUCUAGAGAGCGCAUCAGUAGAUAUAUCUCAAGUAUAUGUGUUAGAAUCAGAAUCUGAAAAAAUUGAACCCACCAAGAUAAGAAAUGAAUGCAUUAUUCCAGACAUGGCAGGCUCUGAAACUAAAAAACACAAGGUAGAACUCAUUAGUCUGGACAAAACUUUGAAAACCACAGACAUAACAGUUGCUCUUGCUGAUCAAGAAAGUCCCUCAACCAAGAAAUCUCCAGAGGGAAAGACAAAGAAGAAAGAGAAUAAAGAGAGAAUGUCUUUCCCCAAAUUUGGAUUUUCAAAACCAGAAGUUAAAGCACCCAAGGUUGAUGUCAGUCUUCCAGAGGGGGAUAUUUCUCUUCCAGAAGAAAAUGUGGAGGUCAAAGUGCCUGAGAUGAAAAUUGAAGCUCCAGAGAUUCAAAUUGAGGUGAAAGAUACUGUAGGCUCCCCCACAAGAUUCAAAAUGCCAACUUUAAAAUUCCCUCAAUUUGGAGCAGCUGCUCCAAACAUCACAGUAGAGGUACCUGAUGUGGACAAGGACGUCAAGGUUCAUGGAUCUGAAAUUCCAGAACUCAAACUGUCAAUGUCAGCAAUUAACAUUGAAAAGCCAAGUGUUGACCUUAAAGGCCCAUCUAUAGAUGUGGAUGUGAAGAGCAAAAGACUUGACAUUGUCACUUUACCAGAGGCCAGCGUGGAGGUCCAACCACCUAGCACUGAACUCAAAGUGCCUUCUGGUAAAGGUAAAAUUCAUGAGGGAGCUGCUACAGAAAUUGAUGUAAAAAUGAGAAAGCCACGGAUGUCAUUUGGAUGGUUUUCAAAACCAGAAGUGAAAGCACCUGAGGUUGAUGUCAGUCUUCCAAAGGGGGAUAUUUCUCUUCCAGAGGUAAAGGGGGAGGUCAAAGAGUCAGAGGUGGAAAUUAAAUCUCCAGAAAUUCAGGUUGAAAUGAAACAUGGAAUUGAGCUCGAGGGACAAGGAAGUAAGUUCAAACUACCAAAAUUUGGAAUCUCAUUGCCGAAGGUUAAAGGUCCUGAAUUUGACUUAAGUAUCUCAAAGACAGAUGUAGAUGUCAACUUACCAGAGAGAAGAGCAGACCAUCUACCUGAUGUUGAAGUUGGAGUGCCCUCUGUUAAAGUUGAAAAACCAGAAGCAGUUUCUAAAGAUGUUGAUGUGAAAAUGAAAAUACCCAGAAUGUCUUUCCCCAAAUUUGGAUUUUCAAAACCAGAAGUUAAAGCACCCAAGGUUGAUGUCAGUCUUCCAGAGGUGGAUAUUUCUCUUCCAGAAGAAAAUGUGGAGGUCAAAGAGCCUGAGAUGGAAAUUGAAGCUCCAGAGAUUCAAAUUGAGGUAAAAGAUACCGUAGGCUCCCCCUCAAGAUUCAAAAUGCCAACUUUAAAAUUCCCUCAAUUUGGAGCAGCUGCUCCAAACAUCACAGUAGAGGUACCUGAUGUGGACAAGGACGUCAAGGUUCAUGGAUCUGAAAUUCCAGAACUCAAACUGACGAUGUCAGCAAUUAACAUUGAAAAGGGAAUUGUUGACCUUAAAGGCCCAUCUAUAGAUGUAGAUGUGAAGAGCAAAAGACUUGACAUUGUCACUUUACCAGAGGCCAGCGUGGAGGUCCAACCACCUAGCACUGAACUCAAAGUGCCUUCUGGUAAAGGUGAAAUUCAUGAGGGAGCUGCUACAGAAAUUGAUGUAAAAAUGAGAAAGCCACGGAUGUCAUUUGGAUGGUUUUCAAAACCAGAAGUGAAAGCACAGGAGGUUGAUGUCAGUCUUCCAAAGGGGGAUAUUUCUCUUCCAGAGGUAAAGGUGGAGGUCAAAGAGUCAGAGGUGGAAAUUAAAUCUCCAGAAAUUCAAGUUGAAAUGAAACAUGGAAUUGAGCUUGAGGGACAAGGAAGUAAGUUCAAACUACCAAAAUUUGGAAUCUCAUUGCCGAAGGUUAAAGGUCCUGAAUUUGACUUAAGUAUCUCAAAGACAGAUGUAGAUGUCAACUUACCAGAGAGAAGAGCAGACCAACUACCUGAUGUUGAAGUAGGAGUGCCCUCUGUUGAAGUUGAAAUACCAGAAGCAGUCUCGAAAGACAUUGAUGUGAAAUUGAAAAAGCCCCGAAUGUCAUUCCCCAAAUUUGGAUUUUCAAAACCAGAAGUUAAAGCACCCGAGGUUGAUGUCAGUCUUCCAGAGGUGGAUAUUUCUCUUCCAGAGGAAAGGGUGGAGGUCAAAGAGCCUGAGGUGGAAAUUGAAGCUCCAGAGAUUCAAAUUGAGGUGAAAGAUACUGUAGGCUCCCCCACAAGAUUCAAAAUGCCAACUUUAAAAUUCCCUCAAUUUGGAGCAGCUGCUCCAAACAUCACAGUAGAGGUACCUGGUGUGAACAAGGACGUCAAGGUUCAUGGAUCUGAUAUUCCAGAACUCAAACCAACAAUGUCAGCAAUUAACAUUGAAAAGCCAAGUGUUGACCUUAAACGACCAUCUAUAGAUGUGGAUGUGAAGAGCAAAAGACUUGACAUUGUCACUUUACCAGAGGCCAGUGUGGAGGUCCAACCACCUAGCACUGAACUCAAAGUGCCUUCUGGUAAAGGUGAAAUUCCUGAGGGAGUUGCUACAGAAAUGGAUGUAAAAAUGAGAAAGCCACGAAUGUCAUUUGGAUGGUUUUCAAAACCAGAAGUGAAAGCACCGGAGGUUGAUGUCAGUCUUCCAAAGGGGGAUAUUUCUCUUCCAGAGGUAAAGGUGGAGGUCAAAGAGUCAGAGGUGGAAAUUAAAUCUCCAGAAAUUCAAGUUGAAAUGAAACAUGGAAUUCAGCUUGAGGGACAAGGAAGUAAGUUCAAACUACCAAAAUUUGGAAUCUCAUUGCCGAAGGUUAAAGGUCCUGAAUUUGACUUAAGUAUCUCAAAGACAGAUGUAGAUGUCAACUUACCAGAGAGAAGAGCAGACCAACUAUCUGAUGUUGAAGUAGGAGUGCCCUCUGUUGAAGUUGAAAUACCAGAAGCAGUCUCUAAAGACAUUGAUGUGAAAUUGAAAAAGCCCCGAAUGUCAUUCCCCAAAUUUGGAUUUUCAAAACCAGAAGUUAAAGCACCCAAGGUUGAUGUCAGUCAUCCAGAGGUGGAUAUUUCUCUUCCAGAAGAAUAUGUGGAGGUCAAAGAGCCUGAGAUUGAAAUUGAAGCUCCAGAGAUUCAAAUUGAGGUGAAAGAUACUGUAGGCUCCCCCUCAAGAUUCAAAAUGCCAACUUUAAAAUUCCCUCAAUUUGGAGCAGCUGCUCCAAACAUCACAGUAGAGGUACCUGAUGUGGACAAGGACGUCAAGGUUCAUGGAUCUGAAAUUCCAGAACUCAAACUGACAAUGUCAGCAAUUAACAUUGAAAAGCCAAGUGUUGACCUUAAAGGCCCAUCUAUAGAUGUGGAUGUGAAGAGUAAAACACUUGAAAUUGUCACUUUACCAGAGGCCAGAGUGGAGGUCCAACCACCUAGAAUUGAACUCAAAGUGUCUUCUGGUGAAGUUGAAAUGCCUGAGGGAGCUGCUACAGAAAUUGAUGUGAAAAUGAAAAAGCCACGGAUGUCAUUUGGAUGGUUUUCAAAAUCAGAAGUGAAAUCACCUGAGGUUGAUGUCAGUCUUCCAGAGGUGGAUAUUUCUCUUCCAGAGGGAAAAGUGGUGGUCAAAGAGCCUGAGGUGGAAAUGACAGCUCCAGAGAUUCAAGUUGAAGUGAAACAUGAUAUUGAGCUUGAGGGACAAGGAAGUAAGUUCAAACUACCCAAAUUUGGAAUGUCAUUGCCAAAGGUAAAAGGUCCUGAGAUUGAUUUAAGUUUAUCAAAGAAAGUCAUAGAUGUCACUUUACCAGAGGACAAAGUGGAGGUCCAACCACCUGAUGUUGAUAUCGAAGUGCCUUCUGGUGAAAUUGAAAUGCCCGAUGGAGCUGCUACAGGAAUUGAUGUGAUAAUGAAAAUACCACAGAUGUCAUUUGGAUUGUUUUCCAAACCAGAAGUGAAACCACCUGAGGUUGAUGUCAGUCUUCCAAAGGUGGACAUUUCGCUUUCAGAGGGAAAUGUGGAGGUCAAAGAGCCUGAGGUGGAAAUGAAUGCUCCGGAGAGUCAAGUUGAAAUGAAACAUGAAGGUUUAUCAGUUGAUGGAAAACUAGAAACAUCAGAUAUGGGAUUCAAAAUGGCAACAUUCAAAUUCCCUAAAUUUGUUGCAACGUCAAAGGUUGUAGUCGAUGUCUCUGAUACAGAGAAGGAUAUUAAAGUGCCUGGGGUAGAAAUUAUAGAUCAACUACUUGGAGCUUCAUUACAAAUUGAUUUACCCGAACACGGGGACACAGUUGACAUUAAAGGAUCUAGAGAAGUACAGCUACAUGAUGCUGGAUCUGAAAGGCCCUCAGUUAAAGGUGGAAUGGCAAUAGCCGAAGUGUAUGUUCAUGAAGUUGAAGUUUCAAAACUGACAAUUGAUGAUAAAGGCCAUGGUUCCCCCAGCAAAGGUCAAGGCUCACCCAGUAAAGGUCAAGGCUCGCCUAGUAAAUUCAAACUUCCAACCUUUAAAAUGCCCAGAUUGAGCAUUUCAAAAUCCAAACCUGAGAAUGAACAUGAUGAUAUAAAUCCAAAUGUUAUUUUGGAGAAUUAUGAGAUUCAAGUAAAACCACAAGGACCAGAGAAAUCACCAAAGUUGACUUUGACAACAUUUGGGGAGGUAUUAAGAAACAUUGAUGUUGAAUUUGAUGUUCCCAAAUUAGAGGAAGUGGAAGAGAAGCUCACAGGCUCAAGGGAAGAUAUAACAGCCUCAGGGAAAACCGAACUAAAUGCUCAAACCAGUGUUGAAACCCAGUCUGUGCAUAAAGAGGAAGAAGCCAAAGAAAAAUCUAAAUUUGGGUGGGUUAAGUUUCCCACAUUUGGACUAUCUUCUCCUUCAGAAUCUGCCAAGAUUUUAGAAAAAGACACUUCUGAGAAAGGAGGAAGUGAGAAAAGCCCUGACUCUGUGGAACAGGACGCCAGCUUGACCUUUUCAGUACACCCAUUGGAUGCUUUUGCAGAUAUUAGUUCAACAGUCACAAGCGAACAAUUUGGUCCACCAUUGGCCUCUCCAACCAAAGUCACAGUGAAAUACUCUGACUCUAUUGCCACUGAGGUACAGGGUGAUGUCAUCACCUCCACAGCAAGGACAAAAUUGAUUGCCUUUGAACCCUACUUGGCAGAUAAAGUCAUCAUUCCAAUGUCCUCCGGAGUUUCCUCCUCAUCAGUGGACACCCUAAAAUUGGAGUCUGGUACACAUGUCAGCACAUCCAACAUACAAGCAAUACCAGACACACAGAAGGCCACACUCUUAACAGAUUUUGGAUUGCAGACAGGGACCGCCAGAGUUUCUUCUGCAUCUUGGUCAGUGGACGACACCAACAAAACACAGAGUGAUGGGCAAACAGUUAUUGACAGGCAUGUAGUUAGGGAAAUGUCAGGCACUGACAAGGAAACGGUUUUCAUAACCCAAAAAAUUACACAUGUGUUUGUGACUGAGCCCAUCUCAGAUGAAACAGCCUCAUCUAUCAAACAGAUAAAAGACACUAUGCAGUCUGAGAAAAUGACAUUUUUUGAUGGGGCUGAAUUGGAGUGACUGGGAGGAAUACAGUAUGAUAAAUCCCUCCAUUGAGGAGUAAUAUCAGUCAGAUUAUUAUUGUGCUCUUAUUAAUUGUGCUUUCAUUUAUGACCAAGUUUUAAUAUAUACAGUUAAAUGUUUUGAGUGUUUACCUCGUACACUAUAUAAGUACACAAAUUGGCAUACAAGCCCCAUGAUACAGGUAGCGUUGUAAAAGCCAACUUUGUCAAUGUAAUUACUUCCGCUGAGACCAGGUCAAUUCCACAGUAACAGAGUGACAGCAGCUAGGUUUCCAUCCAAUUGGGAAUAUUCAAAAAUCUGCAUAAAGAAAAUAUGCAAUCAAGUUUUAAAAAUAUGUCAUUUUCAAAAGACAUAAAUCAUCCCCGUAUGAUGCAAUUUGCAGCAUACAGGGAUGAUUUCUAUAUUUUGAAAGUUACAUAUUUUGAAAACUUGAUUGCAGACUAGCAAAACAUUUUGGGACUAUGUCAACAAUGAACUAAUGAAACAAAUACCAAAAGAUCGUUUCCGGGUGGAAUUUUUCUUUAAGUUUAUGCAUUAACUCAGAAUUAUUAAAGUUAGACAUUAACUCCAAAUGUUUAAGGUAAAGGUUAAGGAUUUGGGACAGGCAUAAAACAAAAAUAUCAAAAACAACUUUCUUUCGCUGGAUUCGAACAUGAAACCUUUGGCAAAUACACAUCAUCUCCCAACUUCCUCAGACAUGAAUGGUCAUCCAAUACUGACAUCUAUCGGGGUGACUUGCCUCUUCCAAAGUCAUAGUGGGUGUACUACACAAUAGCAUUCAGCCUGGUCUCAUAGACUAGACAUAACAUAGUAAACGCAAUUACGACAUACAAAUCAUUUUGGUAUGGUUACAUAAGACAGAAGGUUACAUAAAGCAAAAAUAAAUGUAAGGUGGCUGGUCGGGGUGGGUGUAUAACAGGAAAGUCUAGCAACCGAAAGGUUGUCUGUUUGAAUCUUAUCAUGGACAACAUUUGCAUUUGAGCUAAUUAUCAACUUUGUAACUACUUACUACUUGUGAGCAACUUUGCUACUACUUAGCAUGAUAACUAAAACUUCCCUAACCUUAACCCUUUAACCUAACUCCUAACCAUAACCCUUAAUCCCUAACCCCUAGUCUAGCUAACAUUAACCACCUAGCCACCUAGCUAACAUUAGCCACAACAAAUUGGAAUUCUUAACAUGUCAUACCUUUUGCAAAUUCGUAACAUAUUGUAUGAUAUGUAUCGGAUAUACAUUUACGAUGUUAGGUCUACCCCUGAGUUGCAGCAUCAUGUGACUCCAAUUGACUUCAAUAGGAUGGUUUUUAUAUACUGUAAAUAUUUGCACAUAAAAGCAUUUCCACCACCAUUUCUCGCAUAAUUAAUUUUACUGACACAAAAUGAUCCCACCUUGUCUAGCUUAUUUAGUUUUCUCCCAAAAAGAUACAUUUACUGACAAAUUUGCUGUUUCCAUCAGGUCAGUUGUGAUUUUUUUUUAAUCUGACAUAGGCGACUUUCUUCGCAUAAAAAUGACUUAAAUGUAAUGUAAUGUAAUGUAAUGUAAGAACAGUGCAAAUGCAAAGUUUUAUAACAGAAUGAGAGUUUGUGCCUCAUUCUGUUACCAGCAUUUUUGGUGGUUGUUUCCUUGUUUGCAGAAAUUGUAAUAGUUUGCCUAAUUUCAGUUUAUGUGACAAAACAAGCAUGUAGAGUGUAGAGAAUCAUUGUACCAUCUAAACCACUGUGAAAUAUAUUUCCAUAAAUAGAGCAUUUUCAGCUGUUUGAAGCUGGUGUACAAAACUGGAAAUAUAAGACACAAAAACGAAACGUAAAAAACUGGAAGCAUAGAAAUAGCGCACAUAGAACAGAUCUACCACUUCUUGCUUUCAAAGAAAAGGACAUAUCUAUAACUCAUAGUUCUAUGUGAAUUUGGUCCCGUUGCCCAAAAAGUUACGUAAUGCAGCUUUAAAAGUAGUCAUUGUGCAUAGAGUUGUAUGGUUUGUUUAACUUUGCAAUCAUUGAUUUUGGUUUGACAUACAUUUUAAAGUAAAAUAUCUGAGUCUCAGUGUCACUCUGUUACCAUGGAAUUGUACACCACUGAGACCAUUGCUGUUUUUAGACAUCUCUGCAAAUUGUUAUGCUGUACAUAUAAUGAAGAGGAACUUGUUAAUCCACUGCCAUAUGCAUUUAUGAAUGAUCUCUGAUGUCUGCUCUUUAUUCGACAGGCAUAUAUAGAUAUAAGGUAUAAAUGAUCAUGAGUCUGAAAAAAUGAAUACGUAAUGAUAUACAUACAAACCAUGCAACAUUAAUAGAACAAAAACAGAACACAAUAUAAGGAACUAUUCAAAACUGUACACUUAAUACCAUGAAAUACAUGAUGUUAAAAUUGAAUGCUUGUAAUCACAGUAAAAAGCAGAAAAUAUAUAUUGAUGCAACUAUAUUUUGAUUAUAAUGAUGCCUAGUUUUGAUUUGCCAUAAUGUAAAACUAAUAGAUUUUGUUUUCUGAAUUUGUGAAAAGCAGAAACAUUUUAACACCUAUGUAAAUAGUUGAUUUAUUCAUUUAUAUUGCCUUAUUUUGAUUGUUGCUAUUGCCUUAUUCUGCACUGACGUAGUCAAUUUAUUUGCAAAACUAUAAAUAAUAAAUAUUCUAAAA